AUGAGAUUGCCAGAGCCGUCUGUUGCCGAAGAUAUCGAGUACUGGAAAACGCUGGCCGAGCGGGCCAACAUCCCUAUAAAAGAUCCUGAGCCGGAGCAGGAGGCUCCAGAGGUACACAGGGAGAAAGAACACCAUGUUGCAAAGUCAUUGAGGAGCGUAUUUCGCAAAGAUAUGCCCGCAACAGAGGUGCCUUUGAAACGCAUUCCAAGAACUCGCAAGGACGAUUUCGGUUGGUACCGCGAGUCGAAAAAGCGUUAUGCGAGGUAUUUGGCAGCUUCCGCACGCGAGGAGCGCGAAUUGUACGAGCAGAUACACAAGGAGUACCUUGCGGAGCGCGAGAGUCUGAAAAGGCUUGAGGAGGACGAACAUCGGGUGGCCAAGCUUGCGCAAUUGCUUCGGGAAGUUAGUGAAGCUAAGGAGGUGGAUGAGCCAGAGGAAGGAUGGAAAGUGGAGAAAAAUAAUAAAAAGGAGCAAGAGGAGGAACAAGAGGAUCAGGAAGAGAAUGACGAGGGAGAAGAAGAAUCUGACAUACAGCAAAAUCAGAGCGCACACUCGGACAAUUCUAUUGAGGUGAUUGAACUUGGCUCUGAAAGCGAGCAGUCGGAGCAAGAAGAGCCGCAGGGCUCUGAAGACCAGCCAAUGUCGGCGCGAUUUGCAGGGAAGCGGCCUCCUCCAAUUAGCAACUACGUGGUGAGCAAUUAUGGCGAGAGUGAAGACGAAAGCGGCGAGAAUGAGGUUUGGAGCGAAGGUAGCGAGGAGGAGAGCCAAUUUGGCGAAAGUCAGGCAGAGGAGAGUGUUGAGGAAAGCGAGGAGGCGAGUGAAGAAGAACAGGAAAGUGAACAGGCAAGUGAACAGGAAAGUGAACAGGAAAGUGAACAAGAAAGCGUGCAAGAAAGCGUGCAAGAGCCUGCUGAAGAUAACUUUGAUUCCCAAGUCUCCGAGAGCUCGUCUGGCAAGCCGGAAACACAGCAACCUCUGGAGCUACAGGAAAUCGACCAGAUUAUGUCUGAGGCAGAUAGCAUAUUGAACCAGCCCGUUGCGAACGAAUCCAUUUAUUAUUCUUAUCACGAAAACGAGCAGCCCACUGAAGUUCCAGACUGGACUCAGAUCGCUCUUCUAGCUCAACAGGAGACAAGCGUCUACGAAGACGAGGUCGUUGACGAAACCACACGCAUAGAGGUUAAGGCUGAGGAGACAGCAGAAGCGGAGGAAAUAGAACAGCCGGAAGAGUCAGGAGAGACGGAAGCAGCUGAGGAGCAAGUUCAUGAACCGGGCGAAUCCGAGCAAGCUAACGCCGAGGAAUUGGAGAAUGCAGAAGCGUUUGAAACCGCUAUUAUGGACACUACCGAAUCUGAGCCGCCUGCUCCAACCAAGAGAACCAAAAUCCCUCCACCCGUGGAGUUACCGAAACGAGUGCCAAGUCCAAAGUCUCCAAAACUGAACCCUGGUUUGUUGGAUCUUUUGUCAGGAGCGUUCGACUCGUACAACAAGGCCAGCGAGGAGAGCAAUCCAAUGGUGUCUGAGAGUGCCGAGAAGUCUGUGCAUUUUGUGGAGUCCAACUCCGACAUUGACGCGCAGAAAGAGGCCGAUUCCAAUGCGAUGGAUGCAGAGAGCACGAGCAUCGAGCAUGAGGAGACAGCGAUGGAGGCCGACAUGGUAACGGCUACGGAGGGCGAGACCGAGCAAUCGCAGGAAUACGACGCCGAAUCGACGUAUGUAAACACAGCGUACGACACGGCGAUGGACUCUGCGGUCGAACACCUCGAGUCUGGCGACGAUCCCGCGAUUGAGGUGGUGGCCGAAUCAUCGGUGAUCGAGAACGACGCUGGCGACGCGUCGAUCGACGACACCAUCGACCAGGCGGCGUAUGCGACGGCUUUGCUGAACACGACGCAGGCAGACGACGACACAGAGUCGGUACUCGCGAAUCAAACAGUGUACUACGACGACGAGAACUCGGACUUUGAGGAACUGAUGGAGCCGGAGCCCGCAGAGUCGCUGGCCUCUGACGAGGAGGUGGCAGGCAAACGAAAACACGAAGAGGCAGAUACAGAGCAGGAGCCGAAGCGCGCCAAAGUGCAGAGCGGAUUGCUUGGAACGCUGGAGCAGUUUGCGUCGGGGGCAAUGAUGGAUAUUUCGACGCCGGAAAUUGAUGUCAGGGGGGACGAAGAGUGGAAAGAAAAGACUGAAGAGGAGGAGAAGGAGGAAGAAAAGACGCAACUGGACGAAGAGGCGGACGAGGAUCAGACGCAGCCUGCGGAUGAACAGGCCCAGUUGGAUGUUUUAGACCACGAACGUCAACCGAUUGCAGAUGCUGAGCCGGCAGGAUUUUUCAGUUCUCUGAGAGAUUUUGUCUCUGGCGCGAUGUUGGAGAUGGAGAGUGAUGUCGACCGGCGGGAUGUGUCUGAGGAUAGCGGAAAACAGCAGUCCGAGGACAAGAAACAGAUGGAAUCGUUUGAGGAUCAAUCUGAGCUUGAGGAAAUUGCAGACAAGGAAUCUCGUGAAAAAGAGGCAGGAGAGGAUUUGGAAGCACAAGAGCAGCUGCAUGAGGCUGCUGAUAAGGAAGAAGCAGAAAUACAAACACAGCAUAAAGAUGAGCAAGAGCGUGAGCAAGAGCCGGCAGAGCCAGAGGAACAGACGGAAUUUAUUCACGUCCCUGCAGCGGAGUCUGAAGAGGAGCCAAGCGAAAGUUUGGCUGCACAGAUUGAAGAAGAAGAAAAUCCAGUACAAACAGAAGCAGAAUCAGAUAGUACAGAGCAACUGGAUAUAGAAGCUUGGGAGGACGUUUCUAAAGACAUUCCUGGAGCAAUUUCCGAAGAAGCCCCUGAAGCUCUUGAAAGUAAACAGGAACAACCAGCGGCCCAGACACUUGUCAAAACAUCGCCUACGGACGACGAAUCUAGUCUUGCUCCUGACUCGCAAGUUGCAAAUUUGGGCUCAGAUUCUUUGCCUCCAACACGCGGCUUCCUCGGGCUGCUCGCGGACUUUGCUUCGGGGACGCUAGCCGACAUUUCCCCGAGCGGAUCUGACAUUGAGCUACAUGAGCAUGAUCCGGAGCUGGAGCAGGCAGAACAGGCAGAGGAGGCAAAAGAGCCACAAGAGCCAGGAGAGGUCGCAGAACCGACUCCUGCGGACGCCGAGUCAGAAGUGGAGCUCGACCAAAAGCCGGACGAGAAGACGGCUAUUCACAGACAGCCUUCGCCAGAAGGAUACGAGGAACCUGUGCAAACUAUCACGGUCAGGCCUGACCCUGCUUCUCCAGAGGCUUCGCCAAAGCCCUCUCCAAAACUUUCCAACGCCGAUGUGCCAGAGAAAGACGUUCCUGUCAUCCAUGUGCCUGCAACAGAACCAGAAAUCACCGUCAAGCCAGAACCUCUACCGUUGUCCUUGGGCGACGUGCCUCCUUUGACCGCACAGACGCACUCGGAGUCGGAGCGGAGCAGGGACUCUUCACCUGCAAGACGGACGAGAGGUCGGUCUCAAAAGCGCCACAGCUCAGAACCGCGCGACAGCGAGAGCUCAAAGAAACAACGGCGCGUGGUUUCCGACUCUGAGACUUCGCGCAAACCAAAGUCGCGCCCGUCGUCGAACGGCGACCGGCUGUACCGUGCCAAGUCGCCAAUCAAAAUCACCAGCAGUGGAAUCUCGACGCGUAGCGGCCGCGUGCUCUCGUAUGAGCUGGAGCAGAAACGGGGGGAGCAGAGCAGGCCGCCGCCUCCUGCUACUUUACCCAAGGCGGUGAAAGACCUGGUGGAGGAAGCCGAGUUUUUCAUCGAGGAGGAGAAAGCCAAGGAACUAAAGGAACUUGUUGACGAGGCACAGCAAUUUGUUGAGGAGCCUGUUCCGGAGCUCAAGGUGGAAAAAAGACGCAAGCCAAAGAGCACUCCGGAACCAGAGCCAGAAAUUUUACCAAGACGGACGUCGCGGCAGACAGGCCGCGCGGCUGCUCCGUCGGAGCCUCUUGCGCGAAUCCCGCCUCCGCGUCGAACUCGUAAGGCGCCGAAGGACAAGAAACCCAAACCCAAAUCUAAAAAAUAG